AUGAAAUCUUGUGUUUAUUUUACAGUUCCUGAUAAUGCAACAGUUACAACCAAAAGUAAUCUGUUACUUACCACACUGACAACAGGUGCAGUACCUCAAAAGACAGAAGCUACAACAGAAAAGACACCAAUAACAACAGGAGUAACAACAUCAACUAUCACCAUAGGAGAAGCAACAGACACAACACAGACAAUAUCCAUGACAGUAACAACAACAGAUAUAAAUUAUACCAUUACAGGAUUGUGGAUUUGGGCUGUAGUUUUCAGUGUUUUCAUUGUAGCUGCCUUAAUGAAACUUAUUCUUCAACUGCGAAAACAACAGAACCAAUACUUACCACUGCUUAGAAGCCUUAAUUCUACCACAAAUUCACAUCUUUAUAGCCAGACCAUGCAGUCCUCAUAUUUAAGUAUGGAAUCAUCCCAAACACCAUCAGCACAGGGAAAUAUUAGCACGCCUGAACCAUUCAAUCGUAGCAUCUACACGCCACCACAGUCAUCAAGCCCAAAACAUGAUACACUACCAUCACCACCUACAGUAUUUCAUAUCAAUGACCAAGAGGAAUCACCUGAACCUUCUGCAUCACCAAUUGAAUUGAUGUCAAUAUCUCCCAUUGCCAGUAGAACAAGAACCAAAACCAAAAAAAAGAUCAUGUUUGAGGAAAUUAAUUUGUAAAAAAAAAUUACUUGGACAUUUUGAAUCAAAGUCAGAAAAAAAAUCAUAACUUUUGAAUUUUUUUUUUUUUAUUUCUUUGGAUAAAAAAAGACCAUAAUUGUCUAAAUAUUUUUUAGUGCAUCAGUUUGUUCAAGAAAGAAAAAUAGCAACAACAAAAAAAUCAGAAAUACUACUACUCAAGGUUUAGACUACACAUUCCAAAUAGGCUGAUUUGUUGUCAAUUUUUAUUUUCAUGAAUGUUUAGACUACAAUUCCACAUAGGUUGUUUUGUUGUCAAUUUUUAUGUCCAUGAAGGUUUAGCCUACAAUUCCAAAUGGGUUGUUUUGUUGCCAAUUUUUAUAUUCAUGAAGGUUUAGACUACAAAUUCUAAAUAUGUUUGUUUUAUUGUCAACUUUUAUAUUCAUUAGGGUUUAGAAAAGCAUGUCUGUCAUUAUUAUUAGAUUAGAUUUACA